AUGGCGGAAGAGGAGGUGGGGAAGCUGCAGAAGCACCUGGCCUUGCUGAGGCAGGAGUACGUGAAGAUGCAGCAGAAGCUGGCCGACACCGAGAGGCGCUGCGCCGUGCUCGCCGCGCAGACUUCCAGCCAGGCCUCUCCCAGCCCUGCGAGUGCAGACACCUUCAUCAGCCGCCUGCUGGAAUUUGUGGCCAACCUCUACCAACAGGAACACUACAGUGAUCUGAAAGUGAAAGUCGCGGGCAAUCAAUACUGUGCCCAUAAGUUUGUGCUGGCCGCUCGCAGCGAUGCCUGGAGUCUGGCCAACCUGGCAUCCACCGCUGAACUGGACCUUACUGACUGCAAAGCUGAGGUCGCCAUGGCGAUGCUGCGCUGGGUGUACACAGACGAGCUGGAGCUCACCGAGGAUGACGCUUUUCUGAUUGAGCUGAUGAAGCUGGCAAACCGGUUCCAGCUUCACCUGCUCAGAGAGCGGUGUGAAAAAGGCGUGAUGUCAUCCGUAAACGUGAGGAACUGCAUCCGCUUCUACCAAACGGCCGAGGAGCUAAACGCCAGCACCCUGAUGAACUACUGUGGCGAGAUCAUAGCCAGCCACUGGGACGAUCUGCGGAAGGAAGAUUUCAGUACCAUGAGUGCCCAACUUUUGUACAAGAUGAUCAAAUCCAAAACGGAGUACCCUCUCCACAAAGCCAUCAAAGUCGAGCGGGAAGACGUGGUGUUUUUGUACCUCAUAGAGAUGGAUUCGCAGUUGCCGGGGAAACUGAAUGAACUGGACAACAACGGGGACCUCGCUCUGGACCUGGCGCUCUCCAAGAAGCUGGAGGGGAUCGCCACGACUCUGGUCAACAACAAAGCCGACGUGGACAUGGUGGAUCAGAGCGGCUGGAGCCUCCUUCACAAGGCCAUCCAGAGAGGGGACGAAUUUGCUUCCAUCUUCCUGAUCCACCACUCGGCCCAGGUGAACGCAGCCACAGUGGGGGCGGUGGAGACCCCGCUCCACCUGGUCUGCUCCUUCAGCCCCAAGAAACACACGGCCGAGGUGAUGGGCAGCAUGGCCCGGAUCGCGGAAGCUCUGCUCAAAGCCGGAGCUAACCCCAACAUGCAGAACAGCAAAGGCAGAACUCCGCUGCACGAAGCCGUGGCGUCGGGGAACGAGGCCGUGUUCAAUCAGCUGCUGCAGUGCAAACAACUCGACCUGGAGCUGAAGGACCACGAAGGCAGCACAGCUCUGUGGCUGGCUCUGCAGCACAUCACCAUGUCCUCAGACCUCUCUGUGAAUCCGUUCGAGGACGACGCCCCGGUCGUGAACGGGACGUCGUUCGACGAGAACGGCUUUGCCGCUCAGCUCAUCAAAAGAGGAAGCAAUCCCGACGCGCCGGACGCCGCCGCAGGAAACUGCCUCAUGCAGAGAGCAGCUCGGGCAGGCAACGAGGCGGCGGCGCUUUUCCUGGCGACUCACGGGGCAAAAGUCAACCACGUGAAUAAAUGGGGCGAGAGCCCGCUUCAUACGGCAUGUCGCUGCGGCCUGGCCAGCCUGACCGCCGAGCUGCUCCAGCAGGGCGCCAACCCCAACCUGCAGACCCAGAAGCCCCUGCCUGAGGAGACCAACGGCGUGGCUCUGCAGACGCCGCUCCACAUGGCCAUAGCUCACAACCACCCAGAUGUCGUUUCUGUCAUCCUGGAACAAAAAGCCAACGCACUUCACGCCACCAACAACUUGCAGAUCAUUCCAGACUUCAGUCUCAAAGACUCCAUGGACCAGACAGUCCUGGGUUUGGCCCUCUGGACAGGUAUGCACACUAUCGCGGCCCAGCUGCUGGGCUCCGGGGCUUCUAUCAAUGACACUAUGUCUGACGGACAAACCCUGCUUCACAUGGCCAUCCAAAGACAGGACAGCAAGAGCGCCCUCUUUCUUCUGGAACAUCAGGCAGACAUCAACGUGAGAACGCAGGAGGGACAAACGGCGCUGCAGCUGGCCAUCAGCAACCAGCUGCCGCUAGUGGUGGACGCCAUUUGCACAAGAGGAGCUGAUAUGUCUGUUACGAAUGAAAAGGGGGAUCCUCCGUUAUGGCUGGCUCUCGAGAACGGCCUGGAAGAUAUCGCGUCCACGCUGGUGCGUCACGGCUGCGAUGCCACAUGUUGGAGCCCGGGCCCCUCCGGCUGCCUGCAGACCCUCCUGCACAGAGCCGUGGAUGAGAACAACGAGGUCUCUGCCUGCUUCCUCAUUCGCAGCGGCUGUGACGUGAACAGCCCGAGGCGACCCGGACCUAAUGGGGAAGGAGAUGAAGAAGCCCGAGACGGACAAUCACCCCUCCACCUGGCGAGCAGCUGGGGCCUGGAGGACGUGGUGCAGUGCCUUUUAGAGUUUGGAGCUAAUGUCAAUGCACAAGAUUCAGAGGGCAGAGCUCCCAUCCACGCUGCUAUCAGUAACCAGCACAACGUCAUUAUCCAGCUCCUCAUUUCCCAUCCGGAGAUCCGGCUCAAUCUCCGGGAUCGCCAAGGCAUGACGCCGUUCGCCUGCGCCAUGACGCACAAGAACAACAAGGCGGCGGAGGCCAUCCUGAAGAGGGAGCCCGGCGCCGCGGAACAGGUGGACAACAAAGGAAGGAAUUUCCUCCAUUUGGCUGUUCAAAACUCGGACAUCGAAAGCGUCCUGUUCCUCAUCAGCGUUCAGGCUAACGUCAACUCCAGAGUCCAGGAUGCUGCCAAACUCACCCCUCUCCACCUGGCCGUGCAGGCCGGUUCUGAAAUCAUUGUCCGCAACCUGCUGCUUGCCGGAGCCAAAGUAAACGAGCUGACCAAACACAGGCAGACGGCGCUGCAUCUGGCUGCCCAGCAGGACCAGGCCACUAUUUGUUCUGUGCUGUUGGAGAACGGCAUAGAUUUUGCUGCUGAGGAUGAAAAUGGCAACAAUGCUCUGCAUCUGGCUGUGAUGCAGGGCCGCCUUAACAACGUCAGAACCCUUCUGACUGAGUCCAACAUCGAUGCUGAGGCCUUCAAUCUCAGGGGUCAGUCGCCAAUGCAUGUACUGGGACAUUACGGUAAAGAGAACGCGGCAGCCAUUUUUGAGUUAUUCCUGGAGUGUAUGCCAGAAUACCCUCUAGACAAGCCAGACGGCGAAGGGAACACUGUUCUGCUCCUGGCCUACAUGAAAGGGAACGCCAACCUGUGCCGAGCCAUCGUGAGGGCUGGGGCUCGACUGGGCGUCACGAAUAAUCAGGGCACUAAUAUUUUCAACUACCAAGUUGCAACCAAACAGCUGCUCUUCCGCCUUCUAGAUAUGCUGUCCAAAGAGCCCCCUUGGUGUGAUGGGUCCAACUGCUAUGAAUGUACCGCGAAGUUUGGCGUAACGACACGGAAACACCACUGCCGCCAUUGUGGGCGCCUGCUGUGCCACAAGUGCUCUAUAAAGGAGAUACCGAUCAUCAAGUUCGACUUGAACAAGCCGGUGAGAGUGUGCGACAUCUGCUUUGACGUACUGACUCUGGGCGGGGUAUCGUAAUGCCGCGACUCGCCGCCGCCGUUCAGGAACGCCACGAGGAAGGGCCGCGACGAGCAGCGGACGCCGAGGACCGUCGUCUUUAUACUACUUCAGUCUAUGGGAAAACUAUUAAUCUUCUAGAGGGACAUCUCGAAUAGAAACAUCGUCUUUUUGUUGGAUUGUAUCAAAAGUGUCUGAACGCAGCUCGGCGACGGCUUGGCCGGAGUUUUUCGAUCUCGAUGGGCGAGGUUUGUGCCGAUUGGCUCCUACGGGAAGCUGUUGUGGCGAUACUUCAAUCCGGUGAUGACGUUGUAGAAGGGGUUUACCUUUCCUCUGUUGGGUUGUUUUUUUACCAUCCACGGGAUUCAAAUGGACCCUCCCAAAGCGGAAAAACACAGUGCGACAAACUGAUUCGUUUGUAACAGUUUUGAUUAUUCAUGUUUGUAAUCUGUUAUCAUUCACCCUCAGUUGAUUUUUUUUUUUUUUUUUUUUUUUGUGAGGUAACUGAUCCAAAUGAGUGAUCAUGUUGAGAUGACUACAACAAAUCCUGUCAAGUCGGCAGAUGAAAUGGCACAACAAAUCUUUUUUUUUUUCUUUCUUUAGUAUAAAUGAAAAUUGAGUAUAACACAUGACGGAGUAUUAGGGGACACUAAAGAAAAAUAUAAAAUUACAAGAAUAAAGUUGGACUAGUCACAAUAGAAUAAAAUCGUAGUUGUAAUACAAGGAUAAAGUUGUAAUAUUACUAGAAUAAGGUCAUAGUAAACGCCAUCAUCAGAUUAUCAGGAUCUGCCUGCUAAUGACGCUAAUCUGAUGUUGAUGUGUUAAUAAAUUAUUUCCUUAUUUGUAAAACCAAUGCCAAAGCAUAACUUCACAAGAUGCUCAACAUUCCUCCUCUGCAGCUGUAAGGCUGCUGCCUUUUUUUGUGUCCAAGUUCUCGUAUAACAACUUUAUUCUCGUAAUAUUGUGACUUUAUUCUCGUUUUUUUUUUUGUUUUUUUUUUUUUCCUCCUCCUUUUUCUUGGCCUUGCCCUAAAACUCCGUCGUAAUAAAGAUCAAGAAUCCGAGAGCCGAAUUCAUCAAGUGAACUCGCAGCGUUCUGUUGACGGUCAUCAUCAGUUGCGCGUCCUUCUCAUAUCGCCGACGCUUCUCGAUUCAUUUGUAGCCUUUGUACGUUGGUUUUAUUACGAAUCAUGUUCUGAAACGAAUCACCAGAUAACAUUCCUUCUUUGUCCCGCCAUCACUGAUGUCUUUUUGAUGUUUAACGCUCUUAAUUUUCUCAGCCUAACGGGUGCACUUUAUCAGAAAACACGAGACAUUUCAGAUCAUCGGGGAGAAUGUGGACUAAGUAGAGGGUCGGCCAAGUGGAGCGGCCUCUUCAAGUAUUGUUAAAUUGUACAGAUAAAUGUGUGAUAUUUUUUGACCACUACAACUGUUUUGUACUUUAAAAUGCAGUUUGUGCUUGUCAUUGUGACAAACCCUAAAAAAGAAAAG